ACGGCUUUCCCCUGCUCUCUUUCAGCUUCGGUGGUGCCGGGAAGGAUUUUUCUGUCUGGCAGUGGUCCAAAAAAGUAGAGGUGCCAUGGGAGACAAGAUGAACAAUUUCCCUCCCCUGCCUCGAUUCAUCCCCUUGAAGCCGUGCUUCUACCAGGAUUUCGACGAGGAGAUCCCUCCGCAGCACCGAACCAUGGCCAAACGUCUUUACUACCUCUGGAUGCUGAACAGCAUCACUUUGGCGGUAAAUCUGAUUGGCUGCCUCGCGUGGAUGAUUGGCGGCGGCGGAGCGGUUAACUUUGGACUGGCUAUUCUCUGGCUUAUUCUUUUUACGCCCUGUUCUUACGUCUGCUGGUUCAGACCCAUUUACAAAGCCUUCAAGACAGACAGCUCCUUCAGUUUCAUGGCUUUCUUCUUCACGUUCAUGGCUCAGUUGGUGAUCAGCAUUAUCCAAGCGGUCGGGAUCCCCGGUUGGGGGGUCUGCGGCUGGAUCGCGGCCAUCUCUUUCUUCGGCAGCAACGUGGGCUCUGCAGUAGUGAUGCUGAUUCCCACCAUCCUCUUUACAGCCAUGUCGGUUUUCUCCUUCAUCGCCCUCAGCAUGGUGCACAAAUUUUAUCGGGGAAGCGGCGGCAGCUUCAGCAAGGCUCAGGAGGAGUGGACAACGGGCGCGUGGAAGAACCCGCACGUCCAGCAGGCGGCGCAGAACGUGGCCGUCGGGGCCGCGCAGGGAGCCAUGAUGCAGCACGAGACGCAGUAUUCAGCCACCCCGAACUACAACUACCCCAACGAGAUGUGAAGGGAAGGUUAUGGCUCGGGAGAGAUUGGCGCGUUAGUCGGGGCGUGGCUGAGUGCGGGGGUGUGUGUGUGUACGUGAGCGUGGAGUCCACGUGUCCGGGGGGGAGGGCAGGGCUCAGUGUACAAUAACCUUCCUGGCAGAGGAGGCCUGGCAGAUAUUUAUUCUCCUUCCUCCUCUUGACGGUGGAACGGGACCCUCUUUAGGGAUCCUCUUGUCCUUGGAGACAUAAACAUAUAUCUAUUUUUCUCCCUUUCUGUUCGAAGACGCCGUGACUUGAUCUGCAGGACAAAUGUGUUUGUGCUGUAGUAAUCGUACGUGUGUGCUAAUUUUUUUUUUAAUUUCCCCCCAUCUGUGAAUCAGUGCAGUUGUGGUUUUUUUUAAACAAAAAUAUAUAUUACCGUGGUGGUUGGUGGUGUUCGUAGCAGAGAAUCCGAGGGACCCCCAAAAGGCAAGCAAAGAUGGAAACUCUCCCUGCAAGGUAGCCCACGACGGCUGCGUUUUCCGGGAGGUUUUGGCACCGGUCGUCCUGCCCCGGCAGCCCUUGAUGCCUAACAUAUUUUGGAUGGCUGCCUUAUUAGGACUUCCUGCCUCUCUUCUCGCCAAGAGGAGCCCCACGCAUCCCUGUCCUCCUUGCUUCAGAGGGUCACAGUUGUGCAGUUGUGAGUAACACAAAACGGCCCCCCACCACCCCCACUUUUAGGCGUCCUUGCUAGGAAGACAGUAUUUCUGCGUGACUUU